ACAGCUUAGCAGCCUUUCCCGCCAAGAAGGCAAAAUGGCGGAUUUUUCUCGUCUCUGCUCGCAAAGUUUUAUGCUUAAAAAUGACCCCGCUAUUUAACUGUAAGGGGCUUUGAAGGUGUUCUUGCCAUUAAUAGCGUUAAUAUUUAAUCAAAUGGUACCUGAAUAUCACUGCAGAUAAAUUGACUAUGAUUCGUCUGUGUGCUUUGAAUGAUGAUUCAAGUGAGGAAAGUGACCAUGAACCCACUCAGGAGAGUGUCAAACAAGCCAAGGAAUCAGAGGCUUUGGAGCUAUAUAACAAAGGCCUAGCCUUGCAGCAGAAAGGAGAUUAUGUAGCGUCAGAGGAAGCUUAUAAUCAGUUGUUAAAUUCUGCUUUGGUUAAAGAGGCUCCCCCACCAGAGGAAGAUGCAGGCUUGGUUGAACCUGGACAUGUGCUGAAAUAUUCAGCAUACAAAAAUCUGGCUUCACUGGCAGAGAAGAGAGAACAAUGGGAGAAAUCAAUAGAUGCAUAUCUUCAGGCUGUUGCCCUAGAUGACUCUGAUGUGACUGUGUGGUAUCAUCUUGGCAUAGUGGCUCUGAAGACUUUUGAUCUUUGCCUAGCUCGACGCUCGUUUGAAGAGGGUUUGAAGUGUAAUCCAAAGCAUUGGCCUUGUUUAGACUUCCUGUGUACUGUGUUGUAUGCUGUUGGAGAUUACUACAGUAAGUACAUUGUAUGUUCAACAGUAUAAUUUGGAAGAUUUGCUUCAUCACAUUACCAUACCCAAUUCACAAUUAGCUAGUCAGGAGCCAUGUCUGUUGUCCUGAUAUCCUGCGAUAUCAAGUCACCAACCUGACGUGGCCAUGAUAUCAUGAUCGCUUGGCCAAAUUGGUUUGUUUGGUCUUGCCAUGGGUAAUAGGGAACAUAGCUCAACCAAACUCACCUGAUAAGCCAAUGAAGCAUACCAGUAAGGUACGAUUAAGUAUAAAUACUCUGUUCUAUCUAUGAGCAGGGAUUAAAAGAACCGAAAGGCCUAUCAAUGUAAGAAGUUUUAAUUUCUUUUGUUUCAUUUCUAUGGUGGGAAGCGAAACAACCUAUUCUGCUCUUUCUCAGUGGAUAGUGCUUAUCCCAUGUUUUUUUUGGUGUUGCUCGAAUAGUAAAGCAGAGCUUGAAAAAAUUGCUGACUGGUUGUCCGGGACAAGUAGAUUUUCCUGCCAUGCAAGUAACUUUCAUUCACACUUGCCUGACAGGCAAAGGCCCAGGCCUUUGCCAACCAAAAAAAAUAAACUAAGUCUUGCCCA